AUGAAGUCCAUCUUCCUCAGCCUUUCUCUGCUCCUCCUUCUAGAGAAGAAAGCAGCUGGGAUAGAAAUCUAUGGUGGGACAAAAGGACACUUUGUAGUAAAAACAUCCCCACUCGUAUUUCUCGGAAAUGGCCAGUUUCUCUAUGGGCACAAAGAAGAACAGGAAGAGGCCCCUGAAGAAAGCAUCUUUGUGCAAACUAAGCACCAUGCAUAUGGCCAGGAUGUUGAUGCUGACAUGGGAGAGGCUCACAGUUCACAGGAACAGACAGGUUUAAAGGAAGACAUAGUUUGUGAUGAAGAAGAUGAGCUUGCCCAACAAAAAUCCCAGCCGCAAUCUCAGUCCCAAAUAAAAUCCCAAACUCAAGUGAAAUCCCAUGCAGUCCAGCUGAAGUCCCAAACAAGCCAGCUAAAGACCACAGGCCAGCUAAAGACCACAGGCCAGCUAAAGACCAUAGGGCAGGUGAAAUCACAAACCAAGCUGAAAUCCCACGGAGCCUCUCUGAAGUCCUACAAAGCACCAUUACAUCUCCGAGAAGCCAUUCCUCGGCAAAUCAAGGUCAAAGGAUACAGCCUGGAUGAAGACCUGGCCCAAGUGCGCCAACAGCGGGCAAAGGCUCACAGGCUCAAGGGAAAGCGUGGCCGGUCCAGGAAAACAGCAGCAUUCUUCCCACAGUUUAGACACCGCUCCCAACCCAAUCAUGGGUACUUUGUGCAGUUUCAAGAGCAGCUACAGGGCAGCGUUCAUCACACGAAAUCUUUCCACCAUAGUCCCGGGAUGUGCUACUGUCCAAAAGGAGGGUUAAUUUUAUACCCAGACACCUUCACUGGACAAUACAUUCAUUAA